GGUUGCAUGGAGCUGAUUUCAGUCUCUCUGGACAGUAGUGUUUGAAGCUUUCCAUUGGACACUUGGCACGUGACAUUGAUAUCAUACAUAAAUCACAGAGGUACACAUAUCUCCUGAAAUGUCCAGCUAUCUUACUGCAGCCAUACAGUCUGCUUUGCAGGCCUUCCCACGCCAACGCUUACUUUUGCUCUGGACAGCUGGUGUGGGGCUCACAGCUAUUGCCACCUGGAUGUGGUGGAGGAAAAAGCAAAGUGAGGAACUAGAAUUGAAGCAAGUGGGAAUUGUGUCCGAACUAUUCAUUUACCCCAUCAAGUCAUGUCGACCAGUGUCAGUGCAGGAAGCAGACUGCAUGGAGCUUGGUCUAUAUAAAGGAGAUCUUAGGGACAGGCAUUGGUUGGUGGUGACCGAGGAUGGGCAUAUGGUGACUGGCAGACAGGAACCUCGUUUGGUUCUCAUCUCUGUGAGCGUGCGUGGUGACUCUUUGUGCCUUAAAGGUGAAGGGAUGGAUGAGCUCCUAGUUCCUAUGUCACUUCCUAAAAGCAACAAGGUGCGGGACUGCAGAGUGUUUGGAAAGGACAUCCAGGGUCGGGAUUGUGGGGAAGAAGCUUCUCGCUGGUUCACAUCCUAUUUCCAAAGCAGUCAGCCCUACUACUUGGUGCAUUUUGAAGAGAAGACAAUGCGCCCACGCAAAUCCAAAGACAGUGAGGUGCUGUUCAGAGAUGUAGAUGUUAUUGCUUAUAGUGAUGCCAGCCCCAUCAUGCUUCUCUCUGAGACAUCCAUGGAGGAUCUCAACAGUCGUCUCGCAGAGCCCAUCUCCCUGAGGAAUUUCAGGCCUUGUAUAGUGGUGUCUGACUGUAAUGCCUUUGCAGAGGAUGCUUGGCAUGACAUCAGGGUGGGCACAGCUAGACUUAAAAGGAUCAUGGCAUGUGGACGCUGUAUCUUAACCACUGUGAACCCUGACACUGGAAUUAUAACACGAAAGGAACCGCUGGAUACCUUAAGAACCUACAGGAAAAGUGAUGCUGCUCUGAGCCAUGUCUAUAAAACCUCACCUCUCUUUGGGCAGUACUACGGCGUGGAUAAAACUGGCACCCUACAUGUGGGUGAUCCAAUAUAUCAGGUGAUCCACAAGCAUCAGCAGUGAUCCUUUCACGGCAGCAUCAAGACCAAUUUAAUUUUGUCUUGUCACCUAAAACACUUUAUAGACUGAGCAUUUUCCUAAUAAUUAUCAUGACAACAAAAUUAUUUUGAUGAUAACAAUAUUGAAUAAAGCUGAAGAGAGGUGCUAUUAUUAUAAAGAGUAUGGGGAUUAUGAGGCUUAGUAUGAACUGCCAAUAGUCCUUGUAUGGUUAAUUUAGGCUUUGUUGGGUGUCGGGGCCAGACCAUUGAGCUGACAAGAUGCCAUAUUUCACAGUUCUGGUCUUAAGCUUUACAAUCUGCUGCCAUUCUACUUAGAUGCUCUCAUCACUUACUGACGCUAUUUGGCAUAAACAAUCCUCCAUAAACAUUUUGCUAAGCUUUUUGUGAAGAUUACUCUUUGCGAACUCUGUGUACAACAGUGCUGUCCAAAAGGUAGAUCCUCAGAUGUUUUAAAACAGCUUCCAUAAUGCUUUGCCAUUCUAAAGGCAUGCACGCAUCUUGGGAGUUCUAGUUCUACAACAUUUAGAGAUCUACAGUUUGGGCAGCCUUGGUUUACAACCUCUUAGGUCCACUGCUCACUGUGAGACCUGUAAUUUGGUUACUCUCUCAGUAAGAUGAUUCCACUUCUGAUCAAUAUAGCUGUGAACAAAAUUAGUGACAGAAACCCUGCUGAUGAUCGGGCCUCUGGCAGACUGGUAGUUGGGAGUUGUGUGAUGCUCAACUCAGAAAAGUGGCCGGCAAUGGAAGAGUCAUUUGGGGGCUCUUGUAAAUCUACGCUGGGACUUUAUUGGCAAAGUGAUGGUACAGGAGGCUGGAGUGCGGGGGCCAAGCUCGUCAGAUAAAUUUCCAAUGGGCCAAUGUGCUACAGAUGAUCAGAGUGUCUGGACUAGAUUCUAGAGUUCUGGUCACUGCUCACUAAAUUCUAUAAUGUUACCCUGUUGUGAAUAUAAUUUGCCCUUUAUUUUUCUGAGUCUGGUGGAACAACGCUGCUCCUAGACAGUAUUCACUAUGUUAUGCAGACAAGUGAUAUACCACUAGCCGCGCAUGUCAGGAUUCAGGUCUUCUGGUUUGCUCUGGGCAAUUUUUUGUUUGCUCACUGGGGCAUAUUAGAACUUCAAGCAGGCUAUUUCUUUUCCUUUCCCGUAUUCAGUCAGGACCCUUUCCUUCUUUCCUUUCUUCUCUUCUGCUUCAUUUUUCUCUCCCUUCACACUUUUCUUAUUUGGCUACUCAAUCCUUUUCUAUAGCAUAUGACUUAACUUGUAUACAAAGCACAAUAUUUCUUGUCGCUUUGAUAUGGCAACGCCUAAGGUCUUUCUUAACUGGAAGUAUGUCAAUGUCUCUUAUUCUUAAGCCAUCUUUUAGACCCAAGACAUGACAUAUAAGCUCUCUCAUGCUAUUUACUAUUUUCUACUAAUCUAUAUCUCUUUAAACCAAUAUAUAUCAUAUUGUUGUAAUUUGUAACAAUUGUUAUUUGCAUUAUACAAUAACCUGCUGCUUAUAUGUACAUGACAUUUCAUAUUACCGUUCAUGACAUAUGCCAUAUCUACCAAUAAACUUUGAAUUAUUAAAAAAAAA